GGAGUCAUAGCCUCCGCAGAAAGGAAAGUAGAGACAUUUACCUAGGCCUCCUUCUCCUUUGACCUCUCCUUUUAAGUUUCUUCCUUUGCUCAGCGUUGAUGGUUCUUUGCCCCCUCUCCUCCCUCUGUACUUUGGGCGAACGCUGAAGAGUAGGUUCCGGAAGCUAAGCACAGCUGGAGCAGCAGGGGCCGCAGCUGGAGGCAGGAGCGCCGGCGGGGCAGGCGGAGGCCAGCGUCUGCCCAGAGGAAGGGCUGGGUGUGCGCGCCCCCUGUGCCCCGCGCACAGCUGGGUCGGCCCAUGCUACGGCAGGCAAAGAGCUUUAACAUCUGGGACCCGGCUUGGGGAGCGGGGACCUGCGCGCAGUGGGCGCGGCUGAUGAGCCGGGCUGGAGGGUGAGCCUUGCGCCGGGGCUGGGAGCGAGCUGGCACCUCCAGAUAAGGCCCAGGGCGGCCAGGGGACCUCCGCGAUGCCAGGCGAAAAUAUCUUCCUGUUUGUGCCUAACCUCAUCGGUUAUGCUCGGAUUGUCUUCGCCAUCAUUUCUUUGUACUUCAUGCCCUGCUGCCCUCUCACGGCCUCCUCCUUCUACCUGCUCAGCGGACUUCUGGACGCUUUCGAUGGACACGCUGCUCGAGCCCUUAAUCAAGGAACCCGAUUUGGGGCCAUGCUGGACAUGCUGACAGACCGGUGCUCCACAAUGUGUCUGCUGGUCAACCUGGCCCUGCUGUACCCUCGCGCCACCCUUCUUUUCCAGCUCAGCAUGAGCUUGGAUGUUGCCAGCCACUGGCUGCACCUCCACAGUUCUGUGGUCCGAGGCAGUGAAAGUCACAAGAUGAUUGACCUGUCUGGAAAUCGAGUGCUUCGCAUCUACUACACCUCCAGACCCGCUCUGUUUACCCUGUGUGCUGGAAAUGAGCUCUUCUACUGCCUCCUCUACCUGUUCAAUUUCUCCGAGGGACCUUUAGUUGGCUCUGUAGGUCUUUUCCGAAUGGGCCUCUGGAUCACAGCCCCUAUCGCCUUGCUCAAGUCCCUCAUCAGUGUCAUCCACCUGAUCACAGCCGCCCGCAACAUGGCUGCCCUGGACGCAGCAGAUCGUGCCAAGAAGAAGUGACCCUGGAACCUCCAGCCCCUGGCUACCCACCUGCCCUGGGAGUCUCACUGUGCCACGCAGCACCCCUGUCCCUCCUAGGAGGUCCCAGGCUCACGUCUUACCAAUGUGUCGUCCAACCUGCUGGGAAGGGGGACCAGCCUCUUUGGUGAUGUCAUGUUCUCCGUAAUCCUGGGGACCAGUCCCACCCCUGUGAUCUCCAGGGACCUGGACUUCAAAUCAGGAAGGAUGCUCAGGAGGCCCCACCCACACGGGCAGUGCUCCCGGGGCCCCAGGAGAGCUGUCUAAGGAUGGGGCAUAGUCACACCUGCUGGCUCAGCCCUGGGAUCUGGCUUGGCUGAGACCUUAGGGACACUUGAGUAAGGGAGGUGGGGUAGGGGCCAGGUUUCCCAAAAGGCAGGGGUUCAGACCUCUGCCCCUGGCUAGAUAGAGGAAGCCUGUGGGUACCAUGGCCCGGAGAGAAGGUGCUGUCGAGAUCCCCACUGCAAUCUCUGUCCUGGCUCCGAAAGCCUUGAUUAUAAAGGCGGGAGCCUCACUGUUCUGGACUUGGUUUCCUUUGAGAUAGUCUUGGACCAGGGCCUGGGUCGAGGGGAGCUUGGGGGAAGAUGAUGAUCCAUCUGGAUACUUUGCCCGCAGUAGUUUACUGGCUGGCUCCUUCCUGUCAUUCCUCAGUGACCUCAGAGAGGUCCCCUCCCUGCCACCCAAGCGCAUUUCAUGUCCCCUGCCCACCUGCUUUAUUUUCCUUACAACACUGUCACUGGCUGUCUACCUUUACUUGUGUACCUGAUAUUUUCUACCCUCACUAAAAUGUAAACUCAACGAGG